GCACGUCAGCGGGCGGAACCAUUCGGCAGGGGAGGAGGGGGAAGGAAAUAUGGGACGGAGACCGGAGCCGAGCCCGAGCUGAGGGAACCCAACAAAGAAGGCUUCAGAGAUAAAGCAAAGUAUUGUGAGAUCAGAAUGAACAAACUCCAUCACGAAGCAGCAAGACAUUCUAUGUGAAUGAUAGCAGGACCCUGCUCAUCAAUCUAGCACUUUGAUCUCCGAGAGGGAAAUUUAUACAUAAAAAUAUUCAAUAUUAGAAGACCAUGGAGAAAAAUAAGAACAGGAAAAAGCUGCGAAUUUGUGUUGCCACAUGCAACCGUGCAGAUUAUUCCAAGCUGGCUCCCAUUAUGUUCGGCAUCAAGGGGCAACCUGAACUUUUUGAUCUGAAAGUAGUUGUUUUAGGAUCUCAUUUAAUUGAUGACUAUGGGAAUACAUAUCGCAUGAUUGAGCAAGAUGAUUUUGAUAUUAACACAAGUUUGCAUACAAUAGUUCGAGGUGAGGAUGAGGCAGCCAUGGUUGAGUCAGUGGGACUUGCUCUGGUGAAGUUACCAGAUGUACUCAACCGUUUGAAGCCAGACCUCAUGAUUGUUCAUGGAGACAGGUUUGAUGCAUUGGCAGUCGCCACCUCGGCUGCCUUGAUGAACAUUCGGAUUCUGCACAUGGAAGGUGGUGAGGUCAGUGGUACCAUCGAUGACUCAAUCAGACAUGCCAUCACCAAAUUAGCCCAUUAUCAUGUGUGUUGCACUCGCAGCGCUGAGCAGCACCUGAUAGCCAUGUGUGAGGAUCACAAUCGAAUCCUGUUGUCUGGCUGUCCAUCUUAUGACAAAUUGCUCACUGCAGGAUCUAAAGAUUAUAUGAGCAUUUUACAGACCUGGCUAAGCAAAGAUGUGAAACCUCGUGAGUACAUCGUGGCUUUACAGCAUCCUGUUACUACCAAUAUUAAACAUUCCGUUAAAAUGUUUGACCUUACGCUUGAUGCUCUAAUAACGUUCAACAAACGCACGUUGAUUCUGUUUCCGAACAUUGAUGCAGGAAGUAAAGAAAUGGUGCGUGUGAUGAGGAAGAAGGGGAUUGAACAGAAUCCGAAUUUUCGGGCUGUGAAGCACAUCCCGUUUGAACAGUUUAUACAGAUGGUUGCACAUGCCGGCUUGAUGAUUGGAAACAGUAGUUGUGGGGUGCGGGAAGCUGGUGCAUUUGGAACACCUGUCAUCAAUUUGGGCACACGCCAAACUGGAAGAGAGACAGGUGAAAACGUUCUCCAUGUGCGGAAUGCUGACAGUCAGAAUAAAAUAUUGCACGCUCUGCAGCUUCAGUUUGGGAAACUGUAUCCUUGCUCUAAGAUCUAUGGUGAUGGGAAUGCUGUGCCACGAAUAUUAAAGUUCCUGAAGUCGAUAGACAUGAAUGAGCCUUUGCAGAAGAAGUUUUGUUUCCCACCUGUGAGGGAAUGCAUCUCCCAGGAUAUUGACCAUAUUCUGGAAACACAGAGUGCUCUCGCUGUAGAUUUGGGAGGAACCAAUCUGCGGGUGGCCAUUGUCAGCAUGAAGGGUGAAAUCAUAAAGAAAUACACUCGAGCCAAUCCCAAAACAUAUGAUGAAAGAAUUGAACUGAUUCUGAAGCUGUGUGUAGAGGCUGCCAGUGAAUCAGUGAAGCUUAACUGCAGAAUUCUUGGAGUUGGCAUUUCCACAGGUGGCCGUGUCAACCACAAUGAAGGAAUUGUGCUUCAUUCCACCAAACUGAUUCAGGAAUGGAUCUCGGUCGACCUCCGCACCCCACUAUCAGACACCUUACGGCUGCCUGUUUGGGUAGACAAUGAUGGCAAUUGCGCUGCUCUGGCAGAAAGAAAGUUUGGUCUAGGAAAAGGAGUGGAGAAUUUUGUAACUGUGAUCACUGGCACAGGAAUUGGAGGAGGAAUCAUCCACAAUAACGAGCUGAUUCAUGGCAGUAUGUUCUGUGCUGCCGAGUUUGGUCACAUCAUGGUGUCUAUGGAUGGUCCUGAAUGCACGUGCGGGAGUAAGGGCUGUAUAGAAGCAUACGCCUCAGGAAUAGCAUUACAAAGAGAGGCAAAGAGGUUACAUGAUGAAGAUUUACUCCUAGUGGAAGGAAUGUCCCUCAAAAAUGAGGAAACAGUGAGUGCGAUUCAUCUCGUUCAAGCUGCAGAACGAGGAAGUACUGAGGCACGGAAAGCCCUCCGAACAGCUGGCUGUGCACUUGGAAUCGGUAUUACAAACAUUCUGCACACACUGAAUCCAUCUCUUGUUAUUCUGUCUGGAGUUCUAGCUGCUCACCAUGAGAGUAUUGUGAAGGAGGUGAUCGCCCAACGAGCCCUGCCAUCCACACAAACAGUUGAAAUAGCUGUCUCUCAUCUUUCUGAUCCUGCUCUCCUCGGAGCAGCCAGUAUGGUUUUAGAUUAUGCAACACGCAGAACCUAUUAGACCAACGGGAGUUUGUUCCCAGAACCGACCAUGUUUCCAUUUAGAAAACUGAAAUUAAUUUAAGCUUUUUCUUAGCCUUUCUUCUUUAUUUGUUGAGUCUUCCGUGUGAAUUUCGUACUGCCCCAAAACCAGCUUAAUUCUGAUGAAAGAUUGCGUGGAACUAUCUUUCAGAUUGUGUUAGUUUAUAAGUUCUAUUCUAUUAACAACACUAUUUCCAAAACACACUCCCACAGCCUCACAUUUGUGCAAUUCAGAGUUACUAUGUUCCCUUGAAAUUCCAGAAUGAAGUCUAAACUAUCCUUUGCUUAAGCCACAGCUGCCAAAAUAGAGUCAGGACCCCAAUGGGGCUGUGGGUUAAAAUUCUUGAGAAAUCUGAGGUAGUCAUGGUUGCCAUGGAAUUCAGACCAAGUAACAAUAAUUGCGCUUUCACUCGGGCCCUGCUGUCACUGAGGGAUCUCGAUUUUUUUUCAAGUUUCAAAAUAGGGUUAUAGUGGGAAACAAUUUGAGAAAUGCUGGCUUUCCAGUGAAAUCGAAAAAUUUUGAGUUCAUGUCCGAGGUGUUUUGAUCAACAACACUAUUUAGUUCAAAGGCCCCCAUAGAAAUUAAAAUCAGAAUGCUGCUGUGCCUUGUACAUGUUAUGUUGCAGAAUUUGUUCAUCAUCUUAUUGCCAUUAAGGCAAAGCAAUCCUGGAGCUAAACCUUUGAUCUUGAUUUAAGUUAUGUUCCAGAAACCUUCUGGAGUUUGCAGACACUUAAACCCCUCAAAAGGAAAUCAAGUUUUUAGAAUCAAGUUUGCGGUCCCUGUAGGCCACUUUGGUACAGCUUCUGAUUAGGUUAUGUAUUUACAUUUUCACCUUACAACCUUGACAAAGCAGCAGCAGUUCAUAAACCUGCUGUUGAACAAGAGGGAAAUGAAACUGCCUUCUUUCAUUUCAGCAUUUUGGAAGUGGCUCCAGUUUUUACUCAUACCCCAAUUAGAAACUCAAAUCCUUCACAUCCUUAGCCUGACAGAGCUUUAAAACCCUCCCAGUCCCAGGAUCUCUGACAUUUUUACUCCUAAGGGUGGAAAGUGUGACAAACUUGUUUGACAGGUGAUUUCCUGUGGGCAGAGUUUCUUCCACAUUUAGUAAAAAUUCCUGAUUGAACUUAUCUACAAGAAAUCCUGGAGAAUAUGGUAAGCUAGAGUAUGUGUGUCAGGUCAAAUGAAGAGAAGUACAGGGUCGGGGAGACUCAUGUGGAGCAUAAGCUCAGACAUAGACCGGUUGGGCUGAACGGUCCAUUGAUGAACUGCAAGGAAGGAUUGUGAAAAUCUCGGGAGGAGGAAAGCAAAUAGAUGGAGGGGCUUAAUUGUGUGGGACAGGUGGAUAAAAGUCAGCUUUCCAAGGGCAGGACAAAAUUAUGGAAUUGGUUUGACAGCAACUUGAUGAAAGACAGCAAACUGCGGGAACCUCUUUAACACAUUAGAAUGUCAUAAAUGAUCAUCUAAAGGUAACCCUGCCAGAAUUACUUGUACCUUUCCAAUGCAUUAAUCAGUAAAUGAACAACAUGUACCUUCCGAUUCAUGACUGCUUCAGUGUGAUGUGUGGUUGAAAUGGCAAAUUGGGAGCAAGUUGUUUUCUAUAUCGGGAGUUUUGCUGAACUGCUAGAGAGGAGAGGUUGCAAAGUGAGAACAGCUGUUGGAGCAAGGCGUGGGUAACUGAGCAAAGGCAGUAGCAGUGGCUCCAACAGUCUAAAGUGGAGAGGAGCUGCUAGUUAGAGAACAGAUGGCAGCAGUUCCUGUUCACAGAAUCUCCCCUCAGACUGCAGCAAUAAUCUCCUGUGCUCAGAAGGAAUAAACAUCCUAUAGUCAGUGGGGAUGGGGGAGUGGGGGGAGCAGAUCCCUGUCUGGGCGUCCUUUUAAAAGGGUGCUUGGAUCAUUGACCUUGUGAGGUAAUGCUACGUGAUUAGCCAGGUUACUUGUGAACAAAAACUUAAUUGGCUGCCUGCUGCCCACUGCCCAGCCAAUCAUUGAAAUGCAUAUUUUUCUGGUUUUCCCCCACUAAAGUUCCAGCCAUAAACACUAACUAGUUAUACAUGGCAUAGUUCACAAGAAGACUGGACAUACAGAAAAAUUUGUAGCUGCCAUGGAAAAGAUGGCACACGAGAUUUUAUAAAUCCAAAGAAUUACAAUCUCGUACCAAAUGGUGGACCAUUCUCUGACAGAAUUCCCGAAAAGUACUCAAUAUAUUGAGCGCAGAAAUGAAUUGUCCCAGGCAUUUAUCACUGUUUAUGUUGUGUGCUGAGCUGAAUAUGUUUAAAUUAAAUUCUACAUAACUUGUUUGUGUAUCACUGUAGUUAAAUGAGAAAUAAGAAUUAUAUUUCCAAUGCUUCGUGAAAUUAAUUCAUUAUCUUGGAGCAGCUUUUGCUGGAAUUCAAGUCACCAAACAGCAGUAUUUUAAUAACUUUUUAUAACUUUUUUUCUGAGCAUUACUGGUCCUUUAAGAAAAAUGAAAUUUUAACCAUGGCCUGGCUUUCAUUAGUAGGUUAGUAUUAACAGGACAUCAAUAAUUUGUUCAGUUUCUUCUCCAAUUUGCCAAUCUUGAAACCUAAAAUUUAUAAUUUAUGUCAAUCACUGAUAUGAACAUUCAAACUAAAUCAGUGACAUAAAUUAAAGAGUUACAGUCCAUGCAACUUCUUCCUUUCUCUGCCAGUACUGCCUUGAUCUAAAAAUGGUAAAAAUAGAGUAAACUAAUGGUGAUGACGAAUUCUGUGAUCAGAGUUAAUUAUCACAAAUCUCCUUAGGGAAGUUUUUUCGUACAUAAGGCUGUCAUGGUGGUGGGUAAGUUAAAGGCAGACAAGUCAAGAAUUUUAUUUUUGUUUUUUGAGGAUAAGGAUGGGGGGUGUAGAUUGAUUGAUUACAGGGCAGAGAUAGUGUUUGUUUACAAGGAAGUAAAGAUUAAACUAUAGUGUAGAAAAAGAAAUACAUCUUUUGCUUCAAUAUUAGCAGAAUUAAUGUUUCCGAACUUUAUCUGCAGUUAAAUUUAGGCAAAAUGUUGUUGUCUUUGCCUGUUUUGAAGUUUUGUUUUCCAUUUCUGUAAAAUUUAAGAAUGAAGGUACUGAUUGUAAUUAAUUUAUUACCUAACUGUAUCAAAAUGGCAAAAUCACUGAUUGUGUUAGUAAAUGAAAAGUUGUGGGGAUUUUUACAUGAACAGGAAGGGAGCUAUGUCUCCCACACCCAUCAACACUGAAGCUUUCUGUAUGUUUCCUGUUCCUAUUAAAUGGGUUUAAUGAAGAAAUAUUAACCCAUCAUUUUGGAAAUUUGAGUCAUUAAAUGUCCAUCGAUGGAAAUCCUGACUUUUUUGUAACCUUUGUUCAGUGAAUCUUAAUUUGUGUGCCGCAAAAAAGAAUUGUUAAUGUUAAUUAAAGUACAGUGUUGUUGCAAUCCUAACAUUGUUGUUGGGAUCCUCACUCCCUGGAAUUUAUUUAUAUUGCUUGGCUCCAUGGUGUAAGUGAAAGUUCUAUUCACUGCUGUACCUGUAACUGCACUGUCCUGACCAUCAGACAUUAAAAAUUUUAGAAUGCAACAAAGUUGCUUAACUCUGAUGUUUAAGUCGAGGCAGAUUUACAAAAUGUUUGCAGCAAUGGCACAUUUAUACUGGUAAGCUGAAUAUCAUUUUAAAUAAAAAUGAAGGACUUGAAUUCCUA